AUGACGAACCCAACGACAGUAUGGUAUCUGCCAGAUUCAUAUCCAAUUGACAAUGACUUCUUUCGUCCACAUGAAAAGAAACAAUUACAAAAUGCGUAUAGAAACUUUUUAAUGAACACAAAAUAUCAUCCACUGAAUUCAAAUGAUAGUUCCGAUGAUGAAGAGAAUGCCCAUAUGUUAUUACAAUCGAAAAUUCAGUUAUUUCAAUUAUUUAUUCGUACACAACCGGUUAACAUACGUAGUUUCAGUCAGUAUCAUCAACAACAAGAACGUGUAUUUGUCGAGCGUUUGUUUUAUUUGAUUCUAAACAAUGUUGAAUUAACACAUUUUUCCACGUUCAAUAUCAAUUCGAUCAUCAGUAUAAGCAAAGAAUUAGAAAAAUAUCAACGCACGACGAAUAAGAUUAUUUUCAAUACCGGCAAAUUGAAUAACAUUGUUCAGUUCGUUCUUUCGUUUUCGUCAUCAACCGUAGCUAUCUUUCAAAUCAAUAAUCUUUUCUAUUUACUCUUAAAUGACAUGAAUGACUUCUCCGGUAAAAUUAUCGAUCGUAUUGCUGAACUACUCCGAGUUUAUCAUUCGAUGACAUACGGACAUGCAAUUACCAAACAAAACCUGAUCAACAACAUCGACAAUGUUAUCAGUACUGUCAGCUAUACAAAUCCAAUCGUUUAUCCUCUCUAUGAAAAUUUCCUUAAUUCUUCACAUAUAUACAAAGGCCCAUUUAUCAUCACAUCCACAACCAAUCCAUCAAAAAUUACUUCACGCAUAUCCUUGUAUACCAUCAUCCAAAACCUUGCCAUCACCCUUCUGGGUUUGUCCGUCGAUGAUUUCGACUAUGAAGAACAGUAUCUUUCCAUGACAUCUGAGCAAUGCUAUCACAUACGUUUAACCGUUCGUCGUUUGACCUAUAUAUUCAAAAAAUAUCACUAUCAGAUCGAAUAUCCGUUAGAACAUCUCGAUAAGCAGAUCGUGAUUUACUUAAUUAAAUCGAUUCUUGUACAUGAACGAACUCAUGAUAGUUUAAGACGUCUGUUGGAUCUAUACAUGAUGUCCAUACAUGGAUUCUCUCAAUUGAAAAUCAAACGACUUCUGUAUGAUUUGUUAACUUCUUCUUCAUUUGAGCUUUAUUCCAUCGAAACAAUCCGGUACUUCAUCGAAUUCAAUCGUUUGAGUGACGAGCACGAUGACGAUAAUCAAUCCGAUACGAUCUCAGUUCUGACUUAUGAAGACGAUCUAUGGCUUAGCGAUGAACAAAUCCGAUUAGUCACACAUAAAUUAUAUUCAAAUAAAAUCUACCAUGAAGUUUUUAUCCCACUGAUCAAUGGUGAUUGUCAUGAAGAGCGAAGUAUUGGAGAUAUCUUAGCUUAUUUAGAUCAAAUUCAGCUCGAGCAGGAACAAGUGAUCGAUUUGGAAGAUAUGAAAACGAAAUUGACUAUUGAAUCUUAG